GACGUGAUCAUGAGGCUAAUGUGGAAGUCCGUGGACAAGAUGAGGUGUUUCAGGAAACGCUCCAUGUUUCCAUUCCUCGGUUUCCUCAUCACCUUUCUGCUGUUUUUCAACCUUUACAUGGAUGACGGAUAUGUGCUAGAGGCUGAAAAAAGACAGUUGGGAGAGACACUGAUGCAUCCUGCAAACUCUGAGAGAUACAUCCACACUUUCAGAGAUCUGUCCAACUUCUCUGGGGCCAUAAAUGUGACAUAUCGCUACCUUGCAGGAAUUCCUUUACCACGCAAAAAGUAUCUUACCAUUGGGCUUUCAUCUGUCAAGAGGAAAAAGGGGACCUACCUUCUGGAGACGAUCAAAUCCAUCUUUGAUCAGUCCAGUUAUGAGGAACUGAAAGAGAUUGUGGUUGUGGUCCAUCUGGCAGACUUUGAUCUGGUCUGGUGUGAGAACCUGGUGCAAGAAAUCACCAGGAAGUUUGCCCACCACAUCAUAGCCGGACGCCUCCUGGUGAUCCAGGCUCCGGAGGAAUACUAUCCAUCUCUAGAUGGUUUGAAAAGGAACUACAACGACCCGGAGGACAGAGUCCGUUUCCGCUCUAAGCAGAACGUAGACUACGCUUUCCUCCUGAACUUCUGCACAAACCUCUCUCAUUUCUACAUGAUGCUAGAAGACGACGUCCGGUGUUCCAGGAACUUCCUGACAGCGCUGAAGAAGGUGAUCACCUCCCGAGAAGGUUCCUACUGGGUGAUGCUGGAGUUCUCCAAGCUGGGCUACAUCGGGAAGCUGUACCACUCCAGAGACCUGCCACGUCUGGCUCAUUUCCUCCUCAUGUUCUACCAGGAAAUGCCCUGCGACUGGCUCCUCAUCCACUUCAGGGGUCUGCUGGCCCAGAAGGACGUGAUCCGCUUCAAGCCCUCACUGUUCCAGCACAUGGGCUACUACUCCUCUUAUAAAGGAGCAGAGAACAAGCUGAAGGAUGACGACUUCGAAGAGGACUCCAUAGACAUUCCUGACAACCCUCCUGCCAACCUUUACACGAACAUCAACGUCUUUGAAAACUAUGACGCCACCAAGGCUUAUAGUAGUAUUGUUGAUGAGUAUUUCUGGGGGAAACCUCCUUGCACUGGAGAUUUCUUUGUCAUAAUCUUUAACAAAUCAACAAAAAUCAGCAAAAUUAAAAUUGUGACAGGUACUGACGAUCGGCAGAAUGACAUUCUUCACCACGGAGCCCUGGAAGUCGGACAGAAGUCUGUGGAAACUAAACAGGGAAGGCAGUGUACAUCCUACAUCACCCUGGGAGAAUUUAAAGGGGGAAACAUUGAGGUUACCAAUGUGGACCACAAGAUCGGCUUUGAUAUCGAGUGUGUACGAAUUGUCAUCACUGCCAGUCAGAAAGAGUGGCUCAUUAUAAGAACUAUCAGUUUAUGGACCACACAGCCAGUGAGUCAAUUAAAGAAGUAA